UAACAAGUAUAUCUAUAUGCAUGGAAUUUUUGAAAGCAGAGCUCGUGGAAUAGCUAGUCGGCAGAGCAAACAAUAAUGGCGAGGCUUGUUCUUCCUUACAUUAGAUUCAUAGUGUUCUUGUUACUUACAUGCAUGGCAGCACAACCUGGAACAGGCCGGACAACUCAUGGUGAUGAAGUGAAAGCCCUUGGCGAAAUAGCUGAACAAUUGGGAAAGAAAGACUGGAAUACCAAUGUGGAACCAUGCAUAAAUGACCUAAGUUGGUUAACGCCAAAAUUGGAUUGGAACCCACCAUCCAACAAUUCUCUCUUUUGCAAUUGCUCCUACCCUGAUAGUGUAUGCCACGUCGUUGCAUUGAUUCUUAAAGGGCAGGAUCUCGGCGGUGUGCUUCCACGAUCUCUGGUGAAGCUACCCUACCUGACGUACCUUGAUCUCACUCGUAACUUCCUUAGUGGUAACAUACCCCGCGAAUGGGCUUCUACAAAGUUGGAAUAUUUGUCCCUCACUGUGAACAACUUAUCAGGACCAAUUCCAAGCUUCUUGGGAAACAUUACCACACUUAGAUAUAUGAAUAUCGAGAACAAUCUGUUUUCAGGAAUGGUUCCCCUUGAGCUUGGAAAGUUGGUUAACUUGGAGAAUCUCAUUCUUAGUGCUAACAAUCUCUCAGGAGAGUUGCCAUUCGCUCUUACUAAGUUGACCAAAUUAACGGAACUUAGAAUUAGCAGUAACAACUUCACUGGAAGAAUGCCUGACUUUUUCCAAAGUUGGAAACAACUUGAGAAAUUAGUGAUCCAAGCUAGUGGUUUUGAGGGGCCAAUUCCUUCUAGCAUUUCUAUUCUGAGUAACUUAACAGAGCUAAGGAUCAGCGACUUAGUUGGAGAGGGUUCAAAUUUUCCAAACUUAAGUAGCAUGACAAGCAUGACAAUAUUGAUGUUGAGGAGCUGUAAUAUCUUUGGACAAAUUCCUACAUAUAUAUCAAACAUGACACAACUCAAAAUUUUAGAUCUCAGCUUCAAUAGAUUGGAGGGACGUAUUCCACAUUUGGAUGGUCUAUUAGCGUUGAAGUUCAUGUAUCUGACAAGCAACUCUCUCAAUGGAACUAUUCCAGACUGGAUUAAGAGCAGAGACAAUCGCUUCAAUAUAGAUCUUUCUUACAAUAAUUUGUCAGAGCACUCUGCACCACCCUGUCGACCAAAUUUAAAUUUGUUCAAAAGCUUCUCUGGAAGGAACAACUCAAUACUUAAUGAAUGCCUGAAGGACUUUCCAUGUUCAAAAGAUCGGUAUUCAUUGCAUAUAAAUUGUGGUGGGAAAGCAACCACUGUUGGAAACAUAAUGUAUGAAGAGGAUGAUGGCGUAGCUGGUCCUGCAGUAUUUUUUCCUGUGAUGGAGAGGAAGAAUUGGGGAUUCAGUGGCACUGGAAAGUGGGAUGGCAAUACCUCAAAUAGUUAUGUAGCAAAGAAUGUAUCUGCACUUACAAUGAAAGAGUCUGAACUAUACACAAGUGCACGCCUAUCUCCUCUUUCAAUCACAUAUUAUGCUCGCUGCUUAGCAAAUGGACGUUAUAAAGUGAAACUUCACUUUGCGGAGAUAGUAUUCAGAGACAACAGAUCUUUUUACAGUCUUGGAAGGCGGAUAUUUGAUGUUUAUCUCCAGGAGGAACGGGUGAUGAAAGAUUUUGAUAUUGAAAACACUGCACCAGGGGUUGAUAAAGCAGUUGUUAUGAAAUUUAAUGCAGUUGUUAAAAAUAGCGUUUUGAUGAUUCGCUUUUAUUGGGCUGGGAAAGGGACAACAACUGCCCCAGAGACAGGAACAUAUGGUCCUCUCAUUUCAGCUAUCUCUGUGGAAUCUGGUUUCAUUCACCUUAAUGAUAAGAUGAAGAUGACCAUUGUGGUUGGAGCUGUAGUUUUGGCGCUACUUCUCAUUUUUAUGAUUUUGGGUAUUCUUCGGUGGAAAGGCUAUUUGGGAGGGAGGAUAUCAAGGGAAAAAGAGUUGAGAAGAUUAGACCUCCAAACGGGCUUUUUUACAUAUAGACAAAUAAAAGCUGCCACUGAUAACUUCAAUACAGCAAACAAGAUUGGAGAAGGUGGUUUUGGAUCAGUUUACAAGGGUAUACUAUUAGAUGGUACUGUAAUUGCGGUUAAACAACUUUCAUCAAAAUCAAAGCAAGGAAGUCGUGAAUUUGUGAAUGAAAUAGGUAUUAUGUCUGGUUUACAACAUCCAAAUCUGGUUAGAUUGUAUGGAUGUUGUAUUGAAGGAAAACAAUUAUUGUUGGUAUAUGAGUACAUGGAAAACAAUAGCCUUGCACAUACUUUGUUUGGUCCUGCAGAUGGUCAGUUAAAAUUGGAUUGGCUUACAAGGCAGAAAAUAUGUGUUGGCAUAGCAAGAGGUCUAGCUUUCUUGCAUGAGGAAUCAACACUGAAAAUUGUUCAUAGAGACAUCAAAUCUACUAAUGUGUUGCUUGAUAGGGACCUUAACCCUAAGAUCUCUGACUUUGGUUUGGCCAAGCUCGAUGAAGAUGAGAACACAAGCAUUAAAACCAGAAUUGCUGGAACAAUGGGCUAUAUGGCACCAGAAUAUGCAUUAUGGGGUAUUUUAACUUACAAGGCAGAUGUUUAUAGUUUUGGAGUCGUUGUAUUGGAAAUUGUUUCUGGGAAGAACAAUAGGAAACAUGGACCAAACGAGAACCAUGCAUGUCUUCUAGAUUGGGCCAUCAUUUUACAUCAGAAGGGGAAUAUGAUGGAGCUUGUAGAUCCGGAAUUGGGGACUGAAUUCAGUAAGGAAGAGGCACUUAGAAUGAUUAAGGUAGCUUUAUUAUGCAUUAAUCCAUCACCAGUGCUUAGGCCCACCAUGAGUGCCGUAGUGAGCAUGCUUGAAGGACAAACAGUCGUUGAUGAAUCGAACAUUGAUCUAAGAGUUUAUAGUAAUGAAUGGACGUUAGAUUCCUUAAGUGACCAAUUUGGUCAGAGCCAACGUGAAAGCUCAAUGGAAAGUCAGAGCCUCACUCAGUCAUUAAAGGCUAGAUGGAUUGGGUCUUCUUCUACAUCAGCCCCAGUAUCUCUAUCCCACUAAUCUUGACUCUCGGUAACAUAUAUAAUCAACUAAUAUGUGCUUGUUUAAUGAUAAGAAACAAUAUAUUUGUUUCACUAACUCCAAAAGAUAAAUGGAUUAGCUAUGUGAUUAAGUCUUGUGGUUCAUUAGUCUCAAGUUUCUCAUUUUAAGAUCUUGAGUUUGACUCCCUCUAUUAGUAUACAGCCGACUCCUAUGCUCCUUGCAGACUUGCAGUUACCUAAGAAAUUUAUCCAUGAAUGUGCCACAGGAGGAAUGCCUAUGCCUAUUGCUCCAAACAGCCUAGGGAUUAGUUAGGUUUCAAAAAGAUUUGGAUAUCUCGUAAAAAAAAGAAAAAAAGAAAGAAAGAAAGAUCAGCUAUGUGGUUUCAACUUUCAACUCCAACAUUUGUAAGAGGAAACUCAAUAUACUUUUUACAAACUGAGGAAUUGUUCCCUAUAUCUGUAGUGUUGAGCAUGUAAUUAUUAUUAAUUAUAGAGAUGUAUAUACUCUUCUUGUACAUC